UCAUAAACACACCUAUAAGCAUUAUUGGCUUCGAUGCUUGCAUCCAGAUUCAGACGCGCUUAUUCCGUAGUGGCCGAGGAGUACUAGUUUGCAUUCAGUCAACGCCAUAAUGACCGUUCCUUAAAUCUAUGUUAGAAAAUUUGAUUUAUAAAUGAACUAUAAAUAAUUAAAGUGGAUUUUUUCCAUAUAGUCUCAUUAAUGAGAGGAGCUAGGGAAGCCUCCACUAGGAACAAUGAACUGUAAUGUAAAUGGGGAGCUGGCCUCCACUGAGGAGGUACCAGCUUGUGAGGGUGUGGAGGACUCGGGUGUUGUUGAGGUGAUGGCAUCACCAGACUCAGACGGUCCCUUCACGGAGGAGAUGAUCAACCAAGUGAUCACAAUGCUACAGACUGAAGGCCAAAUCACUCCUGAAACCCACACAGUCAUUGUUCACACAAACAAUGGCACUACUCUCAAAGUUCAACUGCAACAAGUGGAUGGCACUGAACUAGAGAAUGACAACAUAGAAGAGCUUGCUCCUGAUGCUGUGGCCACUGAAGACGAUCAGCUUGUUUACGUUGGGCAAGCAGGGGAGGAAUAUCAAACAGAUCUCAGUGGUCAUCACCACCACCUACAGCAACAACAGUACGCUGCUGCCACCACUACUUCAUCUGGUGCUACACUUCAGAUUCUUGAACCACAGCAGCAGAUAUCACAGCAUCAGCAUGUCCUACACAAUGGAAACCAAUUUAUGACGGUUGCGGCUGGCCACGAACAACACUUGAUUGGUCAUGAACCAGUAACCUCAGUUGAAUAUAAAGCAGGAGUCACUGAGGAAGUGGGUAUUCCUGCAUCUCUGAUGUCUAAUGUUGCUGAACAAGUUCUUCAAGCGGCCACUUUGAUGGAUGGUGGGUACAAAAAUGCCUCUACAGUCGUUGCCACUAACAGUAAUACUGGCAUGGUCAUGUCUAAUGAUAUCAUCACAACAGCAGACGGAGUUACAUUUCAGCAACAACCAAUUGAUCUGAAUGGUGAUAUUAAUGCAUUCCCGCAAAGCCUGGAAAAUGGAGUCUCAUGGUCUAUUGGCACUCAGCAGUUGCAAUCGGUUUACAGCACACCUGUGGUUAAAGGCAACCUUCAUCAAGUGAAUAGUGUGCCUGUGGUCAGCCAAGAUAGACAUUCUGUGUUCAAAAGUAAUAAAAUAAAUCAUUCUACUCAGUACACUACAUCCAAUUGUACGCAGCAAGCUGAUAAUUAUCUGGACAAUAAUGAUGUUAGAAGCCCUGCAAAUUCAAGUUCAUUCAAUGUGAGACGGGCUCAGAGUAAACCUGUCAAAGCCCAUCACACAAUAGAAGAAAAUGUGAUCAGAAUUUUCAUUGAUACGGGCCGCAACGACGUGCAUCAAGUCAACAAUCUCCCUUCAGACGUCAUAAGAAUAUCCACAACUACAGGCUUGCCCAAGAUCCGCUCAGCCAAGUUUGUGAGGUGCCCUGCAUGUGUUAUGCAGCUGUCGUCUGAGGCUGCACUGCUUCAGCAUAUGCGCCAUGGCUGCCCAGCCUCCAGAAAAAAAAGAACAAGUUACGAGUGUACCUACUGUUCGGCUAAGUUUUCUUCAAAAGUGAGAACUGUGGAGCAUUUAAAAGUUUGUACAAUGCGCACGCAAGUUCGAUCCAUCAGUAAAAACCAGUCUGUUGGGUCUGGUUCUGUCACUGGCAGGGUGAUGAACAGAAAACCAACAACACAAACUGUUGAGGUGGAGAUCAACAGUGAUGAGGACGAGGCCAACAAUAAUCGUGAUGAGGAGAACAUUGUCUAUGAUGAUGAUGAUGACAUUGACAUGGACCUUGCAGCUGAUAAUGAGGACUAUGAGACACAGAUGUCUAAAGUAUCGCAGAAACACCUGGGCCCUAUCCUUGUAGGUGGCAAGUUCAAGUGUCGCGACUGUGACCGCACUUUCAAUAAAGAUAGUCAGUACAAUAGACAUAUUGGGGCAUGCACCAAUGCUCCCCUCAAUGCCUCAAGAAUAGAUGACCCAGAACCCAUUCCUGUGCCUGAAAGGAAACCAAGUGGCAUGCCAGAGAAGAAGCGGGGCAGACCUCGGAAAGUUUAUCCUGAUGGGAAGUCAGUUGCUGCUAAUAAAGUUAAACCUGCUUCUAGCGUUAAGGCCUACAGCAAAGCAGUGGCUCGGCCAUCUCAUGAUGCUGGCAAGGAUGACCUUUCUGAUCUUGACUGGGAUUUCAUGGCUGCUCCCAAGAAACCCAAAAUCAGUGAUCGCGGUGCGGGUAAGAAGUCUAAUAUUAUGCAGGUGCUGAAGCAAAAUUUAGGUGAUGAAGAUUUUGUUGAUGGCAGCAAAGAUUUGAGCGAGAGCUUUUUGCAAUGCUUGGAUGGUAGUCUCACUAAUGAAGGCGACAGCAGUAAAGGCUGCAGUCCAAGCAAGUCGGCUAGCGCCGUGUGUGGCUUAUGUGUACGCCAUAUGAACUCGGCUGAUGAACUUGCAAUGCACAUAGGAACCGUCCACGCCAAAGACAUCGUCAACAUGCACGCCAUCUUGACCAAUAACACAGAUCUCACAACACACAAAUGUUCCAUGUGUGACCUGCAUUUUGUAUCUGCUGAAAGUGUACGAGAACACAUCAUAGCCAAACAUCUUCCACAGCUCAAGGACAGCUACAGAAGUCUGAUAGUGAACAGUUUGGAUUUACCGUGUCCGUGGUGCGACUAUAAGAGCAUGACAAAAGAACUUUUUCAGCAACAUUUAGCUUCUGAGCACUCGCAGCAUUUCCCAGAGGCGGCUCUUAAUGCCCCUGUUCUCAAACCGGAGGAAAUUUCACACCAGUCUUUGAAAAGUGCUGCCUUGAGCUUGAAGGAGCCACACCAAGAGCCACUGGCCUUGCGUCUCUGCCAGAAGUGUGGGCUGGCCAUCAGUUCACGAGCUAAACUCGAGGAGCAUCUCAAGUCCUGCAAAACUGAUAUGUCAUCAGGGCUCCACAAGUGUGUGUUCCCUGACUGCCCUGCACCUGCCUUCGACUCACUGGCGCUACUCAUAGCGCACACUGAAGAAGAGCAUUGCGUGCCUGAAGGCUGUGAGCACCGUCUCUUCCCGAACAUGUCUCUGUUUACGACAUGGCUGGAGCACGAGGAGCGCGUCACAGAGCAGAAGUACGUGAAGGCGACAAGCAGACUGCGGGGCGGCUGCUGUUACUCCACCUACUUGUGUCCUAACUACAACAGCCUCGAUAAGCGAUCAAGCGCCACCUGCUUUGCGCGACUGCACGUCAGAACUCGCUGGUGUCGUGCCAAGUUUGAUUACUGCGGUAGGACAGAAGUGAUGUUCUAUAAAGAGCAUCACCAUCCUAAAGACGAUGAUGCAAAGUCUGACAUCAUCAGCGCCAGCAAAGAGCUUGAGGAGCGCUUCAGAGCAUCCAAUCAAUCUGCGGCUAAUGAUGCUGUAUCGGCGAACAACAAUGCAGACGACGACCCGACGAGUAAAUCAGAAGCCAGUUUGUUGUCUCCAGCGAAGCGUGACGACGCUUCUCCUGAAGAGGAACACAAGGAGCCGAAAACUUCUGACCUUCCUGAAGCAGAGGAGCCUUCAAGCCCUGGGUCUUCCGUCAACAACAACAACGACGCCGAAUAUUUAGGUGCAAACAAUAACAAAUCGGCAAGAAACACGGCGGCCGCCGCUUCCAAAGCCUCAAAACUUAAUAAAUCAAAGCCUCCUGCGUGCAAUAAUAAGAGACCUAGGGAUGAGAACGAUUCAGAUGAAGACUUUUAUCCGUUAUCUAAGAAAAAGGGCGGUAGGAAUGCAAAUAAUCUUAAAAACAAAACAAAUUCCCGCAAAGGAGCAGGUAACAAGUACAGGAACUCGGGUUCAGAAGCGCCUAGCAAAAAGCGUAAAAUUGAUGAGCAAGAAGAGACAACCUACGUGCUACCCGCUAAUUUGUCUGAGUGGUGCAAGUUGUUCGAUAUGGUGCAGGGACAAAUUAAUAGCGGCCUCAUUAAGAAGUCUGAUGUGGCGGAAGCUCGGUCCUUAUUGAAGCAUCAAAAUGAUAUUACUGAGCUUGCUUUGGAAGAACAAGUGCGAGUGUUCCACAGACUUUGUAGUCUUGCUAAUAUCCAAGUUGAUUGAAACUAAUCACUGCUUUGGUUAUAGUUCACCAGAUUAUUUCUUGAAAAUAAGCAAGCAGUGUAAGGCAAGAAAGUCCUCAGUACGUACCUGGCAUUUCAGCGUUUUCCAAUAAAUUUGCUUUGUAAAUAAUAGUAUUAACGCAGUAAGUAGGAAUAUUAUAAUUUUGUUCCUCAUCUCGGCAGUGUUGCUUUUUCUUCUCUUUCCGCUUCGAGUUGUUUUGGUUUGUCUAUUUGUUGUGACCUGCUUAGGUAACGCCACCAGUCGUGGUACAAAUAAUUUAUGUAUGCUAUGUAAAUUCACUAAUCUAGAUGUACGUACGACUGAAUGAUCAACGAGGGAAUAUUUUCAAAUUUUUUAUAAUAUACCUAUCUACUGUAUUUAGUAAUUGUACAGCUGAAAGUAUCGUAAGAUUGUCGUAUCCGAUGUAGAUCAUGAAAAAGUAUGAAAGUAAUUGUAAAAGCAUGAAAGUAAUCUUUUCUUCAAAAAAAUCUUUGUUCGGCAUGCAUAAAUCUCUAUGCACUGCAACAGUUUUAUUUCUCGAUUUAAUUCCUAUUAUUUUCUUAAUGAACUUGGAAUGACACCAUUGCAUUUUAUUUUCUGGACAGCACUAAGCACUUCAUCUUUCACGAUGUGCAUUAUUGAAAAUAUUACACCCUUGGCGAUGGAACGGACAUAAAUAGAACAUAUGUCGUGUGGUUAUCUCAUGACGAUCACCUUGUACACGUAUCAAGUUUUUUGCCAUGUAAGAGUAAGUCGAAGGCGUCUACAUGCGCCCAGUUGUCUUUUGCCUAAAUGCAUCUAGCGGCGUGUGAAGAAGACAAGUAUGGCACCACAGAACCUAUGUGCUGGCAUGACUUUUCAAGCAAACCUAAUAAGUAUUUAUAUUUUAUUUGGAUAGGAUAGGAAAUCAUUAGUGGUAAUGUGUUGGAGAGUACCUAAGGCAUUAGUACCGGUUUGCCAGCUGUGCUGCAAAGUGACCGUAAGGCUCGGAAUUUGAAAUUUCGUUCUUGCAGAAUACGUCAAAUAAAAUAACGGUGAUCUAGCGUCUGCAAGAAUUUUAUAUUUUUCUUAAAAUGUUUCUGCUUCAGACUGAAAGUGUGGCAGUAACUGCUAGAAAUAUUUGCUGACAUGUCUUAUAUAGGGCUAAAUUAAACGGAACUACGAUAUAGGGUGUGGUACUAAUGUGAAAUUCAUGUACCAUGGAGUGCUUGGUUGCCAACAUAUUUGUUACAUUUUACCGAGCGUUAGCGCGGAGUCGAGCAAACUACCGGCCUGUAAACAUCAAGCGAAUGAAGCUUCGCAGUCCGGUUCCGCAACUUUUGCAUCACUCUAGUGCCUUGUAUUGAACUAAUUCCCUAAAGUCUAACGCUUUCUGUAAAAAAAUGAGGGCUUCAUGAAAAAGUGAGCAUCGGAUGAAAAUUCAGUCGCAUUCGCCAGGUUUUGACAUGCAGAAUGUUUUUCGUACGGAAAUGAUGUCAACUUCUAUCCUCAUAUGACUGACUAUCGAUAAGUUGAUAUAUUAUUUAUUUUGAUGUGCGCAUUAUUGGCAAAGGUCGGCGUUGCCGUCUCGAGUUUUCUUACUCUCAAUUUGACUGGCGCUACGUAAUUUCAUUUGCCCAUGCCAGGCCACGUAAUAUUGUACUUCAGUGAGAUUUUCCCGACUGCAUGUACAAGUAGCAGUACAUAAAAUUCCGCCAUGUGCCUCCAAAAUCACUUUUACAUUCAGAGAUCCGACUAAAGCCUUCUAAACUAGGGUUCCCUGAUAACUCUUGUCGAUUAGUGACAUAAAUUAUAUUAUUUUCUUAGGUCUGCAAUUGGCUCCUUCGUUCAGAGCGGUAUUCGCCAUACAUAUUAUCAAAUCAAAGUUCAGCGGCCAGUCCUGCUGUCCGUUUAUUCUCACGGGUUUUCUGAGCAGAUACGUGAAUAGUGUGCGUAUUUUGUACGUUUAUUAAGAAACCUUGGCCUCCAUUAGGUCGCCUUCGCGUCCAAUUUUCAGGUUGUACAUUUCGCACGCUUGCCAUGCUUCUUAUUCAUUCGUUUGAUCAUAGAAUCAUCUUGGCUUGUAUUAUAAGAGUUUGCGAAUUAAACUAUGAAUAAUGAAUAAA